AUGCCGUCACCGAGCAAGGAGGCCGACGACGGCGACUAUCGCGAUAGUCGGUUGUCGGGAAGGGAAUCGGAUGGCGAUGACGGGCCAUCGACGAACCUCUGGGUGGGAAAUCUCUCCAUGGAUACUAUCGAUUCCGAUCUGAUGACGCUCUUCGCCAAGCAUGGCGUUCUCGACUGUGUGAUGACGUUCUCUUCGAGGAAUUUUGCCUUUUUGUACUUCAAGAGCCCGGAUGAUGCCAAGGCUGCCAAGGAUGAUCUACAGGGUGCCCUUGUCCGUGGAAACUCCAUCAAAAUUGAGUUUGCUCGACCGGUUCGUUUUCCCUUCACGUGUAGUUUGUUUAGGUUCUGUUUUUGUAACAUGUGUACGACUGAAGAUCUCGUGGUUAUCAUAAGAGCACUCCCUCAUCGAGUGCUGGUUCUCUUCUGCGAUGAUAUCCCGUUGUUUAUGCAAUUUAUUUAUCUUUUUUUCUCCCCUGUACCGACGUAGCCUAAUUACACAUCUGAUAAAUCGAUGAGGUAAUCAAUUUCAUUCGGUAGCUUUAAAACUGCAGUCUGGCCAUUCUUGAACUGCACUGUUCGAAUCCGUUAACCUACCGUUGGUGCUUAGGCAUCCUGGUUGAGUAAAGCAUAUAAAAAAGUCUUCAAUUUAGACCGUACUCUUACGUUUUACGCGUCUGGAUUAUUCUGAUCGUGGCACGAACUCCAUUGCGAUUAAUGCUCGUUGAUGAGAAGUUCUAGUCUCACUAUACCUGCGAUGAUAGAUUUUUACUUUUUGCUAGUGUUACCGGCGCUUUCUUUGAAUGUAACUAUUCCUUCGUUUGAGCAUGGUUGUAUGUUUACUUUCGCCUGUUUGCACGUCAUUCGGGGAAGAUUUGUCACUAUGCAUUGAAGAUCUCUUAAUGCAUAGAUGACUGUGCAAGAAAUGACGUUCGAUUAUAUUCUAAACCACCUUCCAUCAUCAACUUUCGCGUAACGGAUGUGCGUGUUUACUAUGAUCCAAUGAAGCCUCACACUGCCUUUGGAUAAUCGUGCGUUUUAGGGGAAAUUUUUUUCGUUCAUUAUUGAUCAGUAUUCCUCACCCGGUAUGAACUUGGUUCCAAAUAUCUCAUUCUAAGAUUUAAUCAAAAUGUCGAAACUGGUCAAUAUCCCAAGUACAUUUGCAUAUCAACAAAUUCCAGCGAGCAUUGUUCUCUUUCUGUUUUAACCUGAUGAUUAUACACGCUUGGCUUGUAUCCAAAAAAUGCUUAUACAAUGAAUAUUGGAUGAUGGAGUGACCUUAGCGCGUGUCAGUUCGGUCAAAGUAGGAUUGAAUUUUUUUAUAAACUCUCUCCUAUGGUAUGUUAUGGGUGCUGCGUCCCCAGUGAGGUCAUUUAUGACUUAUGGAGUUAGAGGAGUGGAGAGACGUUAUCGUUUUUCUUCAUUUUUAGUAACGAUUCGUUUAGUUCAAAGGAAUUUGUCACUUGUAUGCCAUCCGACUUGAUAACUUUAUUUACUACAGUUCAUAAAGGGCCUAGUUUUGGGCGGUAGUGAUUAUUCCUGUAAUUAGCGGUGAAAAGUAUUAAUUUUCCGAUUCCCAACGAUUCUAAAAUCCUAGUGCAUUAGUGGAUAGAUGUGUGCGCUGACAACCAUUCUGAUAUAUAUCCCAACUACCCUAUAUUAAUUGGGAUGCUGCAUAAUGACGAUGACAGAAGUUGAGGUACUUUUUACGUUGUCUGACUCUCGGAGAUCCAGUUUUAUUCAAGAUAUUGUUUCAGACAGUGAAGAAAAACAUGUGAUUCUACGCAAUUGGUGCAUCUAAAGACAUUUAUUUGUAUAGCGCUGCAAUUGUAGCUUAAAUUGCCAUGCGUUUAUUACUGUUUGAGUGGCGCAUCUGAGGAGGGAAAACCGUGUUUUCCUAGAAAAUUCCUUUCACGUCCCUUCCAUCAUUGGAUGAUCCAAUCUGUAUCCAUGAGAAUGCGAUUAUCCUUUGUCACCAGAAGAGGUCGAUAUCAUCUCCACCCAGUCAACGUUAUGCCAACCAUAUCAUAGAAACUUACUCCAUGGUAACUUCAUAACAAGUUUAUAGGGAGGAAUGGAACCAUAUCACUCGGUGCUGCAUAAAUCGAAUGAAAAUUCCAUGCAGGUAUCGACUUGUGAAUUGUAGUUUCGACCCUUUUUCAAUGGCCUCUUCUUCUAGAUCGUUAAAUCCGAGAAGUUUCACUACGAUCAUACCGUUGAAAAAUUUAUAACAAGUUGAAUGGAUGUUCUGAUUUUUAGCAAUUUUUUUGUGAACAACUUGUGGAAAUGUAACUGUGUGGAGUUCUUCAGGAAUGCUACCAGGCUUAUCUUUGUGUGAUGGGAACACAUAUAAAGUAUAAACACGGACUAUCUACAUGUAAUGAGCAUCCCAUAAGCCACACAGUUGCGCACACUCCUCUUUUUCCAAAAUUUCGGCACAUCUUGUGGGCACAUUGGGUUUGUUGUGUUGUGACUAUGGUGAGGGAACGAGUAGGCAGAAAGGGCUCAGUGACACUUUUCGGUGGAAGGCUUAGGUUGGGCUGGGGUAUGUGGGAUAGGCGUGCAAAGGUAAUUGAUUAUCCAGUACACUUACUGCUGCCCAUAUCACAACACACUACCAAUCCCCUUUAUUUUAUGGGCUGACUACAAUAUAGCAGCUACCUAAUAGCAUGGCGUUUUUUUUCCUAUGUAACAAUGCUGCAGCUUGUUUGGCACUGUAAUGAGCAAUAGUUAUUCUAGUGGGAAUGUCAAUGCUGACUGGAGGUGGAUCGAGGGUGCUUAACCCUGUUACUGGUGCUCCUCUAUCUUCUUUCCUUUCAUAGAUUGUGUAACGAACAUAGUUGUGCACUGUAACUCAUUCACUUCUAAAUGUAUAGACUAUUACUGCAUUAAGUUAUGAAUUGAUUUUCUCGUCUUUGGCCUGUUUCCAAUCGAUUCCCUGACAAAUUCGUCCUUAAUGACACAACUUCCGGCAUGUGCAUGCCUUGGAGACGAAGCCAUGCAUGGGCAGGGCAUAAAAAAACAAAGGUUCCCAAAGUUGGAGUAUUGCAUCCUCACAUAUCUUAAUAUUCCACAAAAGCAUUCCAAGAAAAUUGUCACGAGAAAGAUACAAGAGUUAUUUUCCGCUGAUCAGUUGCACAUGGCUUGUGCAUUUUGUUCGUUAUCUUUAAAUCUAUUUGACCAGAAAGGUGAAGAACAACAUAUAAUGGUGAGAGUAUUGCAGACUUGCCAAUGAAUACCUCUGAUGAGACCGUGUAAACUGUCUGGUUGUCUGAACACAUGUGCAUAGAUCAAUAGUGCGUGGGGUUGUGCUGGUUGUCUGGUUUGAAAUGGUUUAUGCACAGGUUCUCUGACUUUUAUAUCUUACUUGGAAGUUACCCGAAGCACAUGCGAUUGGGGCAGGGUAUUUUUACUGUGGAUAAAUGUUGAGUGGGUUAGCGCUCUUUUCCAUGUCUUGCUGUUGUCUCAGUGGAUGGAGACUCUCUUCUCAUCUGAUGUUACUAUGGGGCUGAUUUGUGAAGCAAGCUGUAGGUUUUCUCUUUGUUUGUUAAACUCCUCAAAUUGAAACAUUAAUUUAGUUUAUAAAUCUGUAGAUGUAGAUUUUGUGGAUAAUCUUCUUCAUUAUGUGAAUACAAUGAUAUAUGGUGUUUUUUCUUCAUUCCUUGUCAACUGGUUUGGAUAGUCACUUUUUGCAGUGGACGCUUUAAACCCGCAGCCUGAUUCCUGUUCGGAAAGUGUAAACAAGUGUAGGACAUGCGUUCUGGUUUUGAGUUCAGAAUUUAAUUUUACUCUAAUCGGAUAAACGGAUGGAUGUGAGUGAUUCCUUUAACAUUUCUGAAAUCUGGAUAUGCGAUCUUGAUAAAUACUGUGGGAAGCGUGUUUUUUUUUAGAUUUUCAUAUCUGAUAACAACAAAACUACGAGAGUCCUUUUUUGCUGUGGUCUUUUGUUUUCUUUUAAAUGACUGAUUUAUUCACGUUGCCUAAAAUUCCUUAUGACUUUUUAAAGAUGCCUUUGCAUUUCGCAGAUGGACAUGUUGAAACCAUUUAUUUUUUUGGUUUUCGUAGAUCUAAAUCCCAGGAAUUAGGCGAAGCGCAUAUUAGUAUAACUGGAACAUUGAAAAUAGUUUUCUGUUGUGAAGAAAACAUGUUGGGUAAUUUACUUGUAUUGCGAAUGUUUAUGACCUUUUUGUUUCUCAGAGGGUUCUCAGCAAGAUGUUCUGAGGCAGCCUUGUCAUUUUUCUUAGGUUGCCUUUGCUUAAUUUCGAGAUCCAAUAUUCUUCAUCUGUAUCUGUUCCGCUAGUCUCUUUCUCAACACUAAAUAAACUUGUCAUGAUAUGAGCAUGUACAAAGUUUUCAAUCCUUUUUAUCUGAAACCUUUGCGCUUGUAUAAUAAGGCUUUAUUAUCAUUUGAUCUGCAGGCUAAACCAUGUAAGCAGCUGUGGAUUAGUGGAAUAAGUUCAUCUCUUACGAAGGAGCAACUCGAAGAAGAAUUUUCGAAGUUUGGGAAACUUGAAGACCACAAGUUCCAUAGAGACAGAAACUCUGCAUUGAUCGAUUAUUAUAAAAUAGAUGAUGCAACUGCCGCUUUGAAGAGCAUGGACGGAAAAGAUUUAGGGGGUGAACAAAUACGUGUAGAUUAUCUACGCACCAGCUCACAACCUUCAAAAAGGGUGUGUAAUUUAAGCAAUUUGUCCAGUUGUUUGCAUAUGCAGUUGUUCACAAUUGAAUGAGAUUCGGUAAUCCUUGUGAUUUCAGGAUUGGUCGGAUCAUCAUGAAACGAGGAGGAGCUUUGGACCAGAGUCUGCAAGAUUUAUUCCAGAAGCUUCUCGGCAUGUACACAUCCGUUUCAAAAUUUCUCCUCAAGUUUCUUUGCAUAUUGCGUCUUCCAUUAUCCAUCCUUUUCACGCGAUUGAAACUGUCACUUCAAUCUUAUACUUGUGAACUGAUUUCAGCCAUUAGGCGGGCCUUAUGAGAGUCCUCUGAGCAAAGUUCUGUUGAUACGUUACCCUCCAUCUGUUCGGAUCGAUGAGCAAAUGCUUCAUAACGCCAUGAUUCUCUUCGGUGAAAUUGAGCAUGUCAAAAGCUUCCCCUCAAGGAGUUCUUCAUUCGUAGAAUUUAGAAGCGUAGACGAAGCUCGGCGUGCUAAGGAGGGAUUACAGGGUCGUCUCUUCAAUGACCCCAGGAUACAGAUACUGUACUCAAACAGUGAGUUUGCUCAGCCUAAAGACGACUUCCUGUUUGGUUCAGGACAGGGAGGAGGAGGAGGACCCAGACAAGAUAUGAUCUACGGUGAUCAUCCAUUUGGGCGCACAAAGUAUUUUCAUCGUGGUGGCUAUCCAAACAAUUUUCCAGGGUCACUACCUCCCAACAACAUGCCUGGAAUGGGGAGGCCCUUCCCUCCUCGAGGAUUCUUUGAUGGGGGCUCAGAGUUCUUGGACGACUCUGCCUAUCAUUUCCGUGAAGGUGUGAAUUUUUCAAGGUUAUCCCCUGUACCUGGUCGGCAAUCUCCCACCAUUAGCUUGCCAGGCAUGUGGGAUGGAUUUGAUGCGAGGGAUGCAAAGAGGUCAAGGAUUGAUGGCUCCCCAUUUGAUGAAGCUUCUCUGCGCGGGAGGAGGAUGGACAGCCAGAUACUCAGGAACCCAUAUGCGCUGAAUGGCCCUGAUAGAGUUGCGGCAGGUCCGAGUAGCCCAAUGGGUGCAAAGAGGUCAGCCGCAGGCUUUCCAAUUCGAGAUCAUUGUUGGCGUGGAAUCAUUGCCAAAGGUGGAACCCCUGUUUGCCAUGCUCGAUGUGUACCUGUGGGAAAGGGCGUAGAUUCUCCGCUGUAAGCUUCUCUGAGAUCACAGUCCUUUACUUUCCUUCUUCUCUUCUAGUACCCAUCUAACGGAAUCAAUUCUAUGAACAGCCCUGAAGUCGUCAACUGCUCAGCCAGAACCGGAUUGGAUAUGCUCUCAAAACACUAUGAAGAAGCAGACGGUUUCGACAUAGUUUUCUUCCUCCCAGACAGCGAAGAUGACUUCGCCUCUUACACGGAGUUUCUACAGUACCUUCGUCUGAAGAACCGGGCUGGUGUUGCCAAGCUUGACGAUGGAACCACGUUGUUCUUGGUUCCUCCUUCAGAUUUCCUGACCCAGGUUCUAAAGGUGUCCGGUCCUGAACGUCUCUACGGCGUUGUUCUGAAGAUCCCACAGCAAUUGGGUGCCCCGACUUCUCAUUACACUGAAAGACAGCAGACACCUCCUGCCCAGUCUGGAUAUGCUGCUUCCCGUCUGAGUGAGGAUCGGGUACCAAGCUUGGAAUAUAGCCGGCCAUUGCAAGAGGAGUUGUUGCCUCGCUCCACGGCUGGGAGACCGUUCUCAGCACAAUCUCUUCCCAUCAGCUAUGGCAGCAAUCCCAUGACUUCUCAGCCAGUCGAGGUUUCCCUGACGCCGGAGCUUAUCGCUACCUUAGCUGCUGUGAUACCCACGAGUGCAUUGGCCACCUCUACUGGCCCUGUUCAGCCGCCCUUGAGCUCCACUGUGAGGGCGCCCUCUGUCUCUGUUCCAUUGGUUCCUGGAAAUGAAAUGCUGCCGCAGCUGUGGAGCCAGCAGCCUCAGACUCCAGUUUCUAGUGGUGCCCAUCACGAGCAGCCUAGCCUUCCUUCUCUUCUGGCUGGGCAACAGUUUGCAAACCAGAAUGAUCAGAUUCGUUCAUACACAAACACUGCAACUAUUGCUCAAGAAAAUCUAUCUGGCAUUCAACAGGCUCCAUCUAUCUCUGUGCUGCCGUUCAAUAGCUAUGUGGUCGCGCAACAAGGUGGGCAGUUCACAGGGGCCCAGCCCAGCAUACAGAGUCAGGCGGAUGCUGAGUUUAGCUCUAGCAGGAGUCAUGGGAUAUCUCGACCAGCUGAGGCAGCAGGCUUAGCUGGUGCAGCGGGACCUCUGCAGCCCAACUCUGCUGCUGCAUCUUCCCAGGUUCAAAGCGGGAACAUGCUCCAACAUUGGAUUGCUUCUUCUUCAACAGAAGACAAAGUAAAUACAGAUUUCCCUGCUCAGGUGCAACAGUUACAGAAUAAUAUCCCGAGUUCCGCCACUCAAGCUCCUUCAGAGGCUGACGCCGACAAGAAUCAGCGAUAUCAGUCAACACUGCAGCUGGCUGCCAACCUGCUCUUACAGAUACAGCAGCAAGCAAAUUCUCAAUCCGUGCAUGGCUCUGGCGGCCAUCAAUGA